AUGCGGCGUGUGGGCGCAUCCGGGCCCGCGCGCGGCCGGCGUCUCACCCGUCGCCUUUCCCUGCAGUCGGACAAUGCCCGGCCCGAGGGCACGUUCCAGGUGACGAUGCUGCCCGGGGACGGCGUGGGCCCCGAGCUCCANNUCAGCGCCCGCGUCCCGCAGGCCGCCAGCGUGCCAGUGCUCUUCGACGAGCACCACCUGAGCGAGGUGCAGAACACGGCGUCCGAGGAGAAGCUCGACCAGGUGGUUGACUCCAUGAAGGAGAGCAAGGUGGCCCUCAUAGGCAAGAUCCACACGCCCAUGGAGUACAAGGGGGAGCUGGCGUCCUACGACAUGCGGCUCAGGCGCAAGCUGGACCUGUUUGCCAACGUGGUGCACGUGAAGAGCCUGCCGGGCUACAAAACGCGCCACAACAACCUGGACCUCGUGAUCAUCCGAGAGCAGACGGAGGGCGAGUACAGCUCCCUGGAGCACGAGAGCGCCAAGGGGGUCAUCGAGUGCCUCAAGAUCAUCACGCGGGCCAAGUCGCAGCGCAUCGCCAAGUUUGCCUUCGACUACGCCACCAAGAAGGGGCGCUCCAAGGUGACGGCCGUGCACAAAGCCAACAUCAUGAAGCUGGGCGACGGGCUGUUCCUGCAGUGCUGCGAGGAGGUGGCCGAGCUCUACCCCAAGAUCAAGUUUGACACCAUGAUCAUUGACAACUGCUGCAUGCAG